AUGUUUUUUAAUUAAAGGUUUUUAGUUGGAGACAGAAAAAGCGUCAGAUUUCAUGGCGGCAAGGGCUUCUAGGAAUUAUAUUAAAAAUUUAUUAUAUCAAAAUUCAAGAAUCGGAGCUUUUGGAGGUGGAGGUGGAGGAGGAGCAUUAGGAGCUGUUAGACAUUCAAGUUCUGUUCCUAAAGUUUGUCCCAGAAUUCUUCAGUUUUCAAAGAAAGGAAGAAUCUUUACAGCAGCCUUUUUAGGCAUAGUUAUUUCUGGAGGAGCUUAUGUGAGUACUGCGGAUGAGGCAACUUCGAGUGGGUGGUUAUCUUCAGCAACAAAGCUUGUGAAUCCAUUCUUUGCCUACCUCAAUGCUGAGACUGCUCAUUGUUUAGCUGUUGCAGCAGCAGCUCGUGGUUGGGUCCCAAGAGAGAAGAGGCCGGACCCAUCCAUAUUGGGGAUGGAAGUAUGGGGUCGGAGGAUUUCAAACCCUAUCGAUCUUUCUGCUGGUUUUGAUAAAAAUGCGGAGGCAGUUGAAGGUUUAUUAGGGAAGGGUUUUGGAUUCGUAGAGAUUGGGUCCAGUGACGAAGUCCUACAUGGAGGAAAAGCAGGUCCAGACAUUCUGGAUGUCAAUCUUGGGAAGAAUAAGACUAGUGAAGAUGCUGCUGCUGAUUAUGUUAAAGGAGUUCACGCUUCGUCCCAGUAUGCCGACUACUUGGUUAUCAGCAUUUCAUCACCAGAUACUCCAGGGUUGCGUAAGCUUCAAGGAAAAGAACAACUUAAGGAUUUUGUUGAAAAGGUACAAGCUGCUCGCGAUGGAAUGUGAUGGGGGGAGGAAGGCCCUCCUCCGCUGCUUGUGGAAAUUGAUCCGUACUUGUCCAAGCUAGAUCUCGAAGAUAUUGCAGCGAUGCGCAGCCUACUAUGACCUCGGAUGCUCAUGUAUUUUGUUUUUUAAUAUAAUUCACCAGUAGUAUCUUUUUAUGGUUUGAUCAUUUUAUUUCAGGUUGCUUUGACACUCCGCUUGGAUGGAUUGAUCGUAACUAAUUCAACCAUUGCAAGACCAGAUCCAGCAAGUGAGAAUCCAGACUAUCCAGUUUGUGAAGAAACUGGUGAUUUAAGUGGGAAACCCGUAUACAUCCUGUCAACCAACGUGCUCGGUUACUUGUGUUUCUUGACAAGGGGAAAGGUUCCUCUUUAUGGUUGUGGAGGAAUUAGCAAACAUCAGGCCAUUGAUAUGUUUCCAUACUACAACAAACUCAAGCAUGAACAGCACUACCAAUAUCAUCCAUGUGAUUGCCUUUCUGGAUCUGCUUGCUCCCGUCCAUGCAAUUGCCCUUCUGGAUCUGCAUGCUCCCGCAAUUUGCCAGACGGUGCCAGAACCUGAUUUAGCAUUAUGUUGACCCGGCUAAAGGUAAUAAACCGGUGAAAAGAAAGUGAAAAAAGAAAGGAGAAAUUAGGCUCAGGUCAAAAAAGAAGAUCAUCCUGCCAUGCCUCCCAAAUUUCUCUAGUAAAUAUAAUUUUUUCAUUUCUUUUUAUUCAACAAAUAUGGAUAAAGGAGAUGUUUUUGCUGUUACCGAAAUUCUUCUUGAAUGGAUAGAUCUUCUUAACUACUGUUACAAGAUUCAAAAGCUAAUCACUGGAACUCCCUUGCAGACAUCAGGCCAUUGAUAUGUUUCCAUACCACAAACAGCAAACGCAAGCAUGAGCAGCACUACCAACAUCGUCCAUGCAAUUGCGCUUCUGCAUGCAACCGGCGUCCAUGCUGUUGUCCUUGUCUUGUAAAAUAGGUAAUGUUAAAGAUCUCAUUCGGUGUUCUGAGAAUGAUUCGUUCUGAUUUUCUGUAACUUUCAUCCUAGAUCUUGUUCAGCAAUAACAAGUUC